GUUUGCAGUGCCCCGCACUUAAAAGCGACCAGAACUGCCAGGUGUGGGUUUACUUACCAUCAAAGUCCUUGACCAUGAGGUCCUCUGACAUCAUAUAAAGGACACCUAUCCCUCUAUGAGUGACUGGAAACCGCCCUGUUUAGUCUUCUGAAUACUAGAUAUUUGCAUUAAAAUGGCGAAUCAAGUCCCUCUCAUGUCCUACUUGCAAGAUGCCCUACCUGCAAUUCCGAUCAGUCACAGUGGCAACCCCAGAGGCAACACAACGAACUUGGCAUACAAGGCGUGAGACAUCCGCAGCGUUGCACCCUGGCCAGAAUUUACCCUGAAAACCAUCCUACAUAGAUACCAGGAUAUCCUUCUGCAGACUCGUCUACCUGGAGAGCAUAUGCCUACUUCCCCACCGCGAGCUAUCAUGGCGGAAAACCCCCUCAGAAGCAAAAUCUCAGAAUAUGUCAUUCCGAGGAUACGACGCAGCCUCCGAGUGAGCUUUGCUGGCCUAGCCGCAUCUAACCAAAUCAAUGGAAUAACAGCUGUCUCGUUUGAUGUCGGAGAAUACGCGCAGCUUAUUGAUAACUAUAAGCCGGACACUGCCUACUUUAUAGAUGCGCUGCAAUCUGGUAGUGGUCCAAACGGUGCCCCUGGAGAUAUCAAGCCCUCUUGGAAAUGGAGUACGGCUCUGGCAACUCACCUCGAUCCUCCGUUGCGCACCGAAUACCGCCAGGCACUCAGCCAAGUCAAUUACUACAUGAAACAGCAUGGGUCGCGCUACGGCUUUAUACUCUCAGAUCUCGAACUGGUGAUUUUCCGACGGGUGGAUAACAACGGCAACCUUCAGCUUGCCCCGGCAAUACCCUGGACCAGAGGUGGUACAGAAGAAGAGCCGCAGCUAACUGUUCUCCUGGCAUUGUGGUAUCUAGGGAUGCUCGCUGCCCAGGAUGAAGGCCCUGAUGGUUGGCACUUGUGAUCAGGAGCAGUUCAAGAUAUUCAUGUAUGGCUUAUCUGGAUUCCAUGGAGAUCGUGUGCGUCUCCAAGUGUCGUUGUCGAGCGUUGUAAUUAAAUUGUUCAGGUACAUAGUGGCUGCAGGGAUCCCGAUG